AUGUCCCUCGAACACUCCCCAUCUAUCGCUUCCAAGGAGGAGGCAGAGUUUGGGUUCUCCAAGGAGAUCGCUACUGGAAACGAAGAGUUUGGCGGCACCGAAGAGCGCAAGAAGCUGGAGCGCAAGCUGCUUCGUAAACUUGACAUGCGGAUGACCAUCCUGGUCGUCAUCUAUAUUCUCAACUACGUACGUGGACCCUCUGCUUAUGACUGGAACAAUGCCAGCGCUGCACGUCUGCGUGGAUUCGAGGCGGAUUUGCAUCUCAAAGGGCAGCAGUUCGCGACGAUUCUGAGCAUUCUCUAUGUCGGUUACAUUCUCACAAAUAUGCUGCUCAACUACACUGGUCGACCGUCCAUUUACCUCCCGUGCUGCAUGGUGAUCUGGGGCACCAUCUCCUGCCUCACAGGUGUUACGACCAACUUCGUCGGCGCGCUGCUCACGCGGUUUUUCCCGGGCUUCGUCGAAGCAGCUUUCUUUCCCAGCGCGCUCUUCCUGCUGUUCAAGUGGUACACACGCAAGGAGGUCGGGAUGCGCACGACACUGCUCUCGUGUGGCAGCCUGAUCAGCAACGCGUUCGGGUCGCUCAUCGCGUCCGGCAUCCUCGAUGGCAUGCAGGGCAAGCUCGGGCAUGCCGCCUGGCGUUGGCUGUUCUACAUCGAGGGCGCGCUCACGAUCUUCGCCGCCAUCUGCGCGAUCUUCAUUCUGCCAGACUUCCCCACGACGUCUCAUCGCUGGCUCUCGCCGCUCGAGGUCAAGCUCGCCGAGCGCCGCAUGCUGGAAGACGUCGGUGUCGGCGACGAGGCCGAGACUGAGACCGGCGGCCCGCUGCACGGCCUCCUGCAGGCAAUCACCGAUUGGAAGAAUGCGUUCUUCCCGACACUUGCCGCCAUGAUGGGCUACAGCACGACGGUGACGCUGCUGCUAUGCGCGCCGCCGUGGGCGCUCGCGACGCUCGACGCCUUCGACGCCGCACGGCACUCGGACGCGACCGGCGAGCGGUUCUGGCACGUCGCGCUCCCGCUCGCAGGCGGGCUCGUCGGGUACGUGCUGGCGACGGCGACGAUGGACACGGGUGCGCGGUACGUGGCGCUGUUCCUGCUGGCGCAGGCGUACGCGGCGUUCAUCGUGUUCCUGGCGUGGGUCGCGAACAGCGUGCCGCGGCCACCGGGCAAGCGGGCCGUCGCGCUCGCGCUGGUCAACGCGUUCUCGCAGCUCGGCAACGUCGCGGGCUCGUAUGUCUGGCCGAGUGCGUGGGGCCCGAGUUACCGCUCGUCGUAUGCAAUAUGCAUCGCGACGAAUGGGCUCGCGAUCGUCAUGUGCUUCGUGUUCAAGAGGCACCUCGAGACGCUGAACAGGAGGGCCGAGGAGUGCGAGUGA